AUGUGGCGAGGCUACGGAUUUGGCAGCAGUGCUGCUUCCUCUCCAUCACCACCAUCUUCAUUCCCACAGCCAGCUCCUCCACCACCAUCACCGUGUGACGGACUGCUCGACAUCUACCCUCGCAAGACCUCCUUCUCCACGAUCUCUGGAAGCAACACAUCCUGUGCCUUCCCAUCGUGGCCUAACAGGUCAUCUCUCUACUCUGGAUCCGAGGACGAGGGCUCCAGCUCAGCCUCGGCCUAUCUCUCUGACGAAGACCUGUUCCCCGUCUCUUCUUCCGGCAGCAACCCAGCCACGAUGAUGAUGGAAAGCCCGUUCGGCAGUGACAGCUUUGAGGACGACACCCCAGCCAUCAUCGGAGCUCCUGGCCUGACUACCGAGGAACAGAUCCGCCACAUCAACGAAGCCGAAGACUGGCGCAUGCGCAACUAUGUGCAGGCACAGGCACAGGCUCGCGCACUCCAGGCUCUGAGGGCGGCGCAACUCGCGGCCGUCGAGCAGGCGCAGGCAUCAAGACACCGCAAGAGGCGCGCGGGCACCAAGAAACGCCGUUCCCACGUUUCCACCACAGCUACCAGCGGCAGCACAACCACCUCAGCCUGUACUUCUGCCUCGGCAUCUGUGGCCUCCUCGGCCAGCUCUAAGCCAGUCUGA